AGCAGCACCGCUCUGCCCGCAGCGCCCGGCCGGGAGCGCAGGUGGCGGCCAAAGGCCGGGCCCCGCAGGUCGAACAUUAUAGUCUUCUGUGUUCGGCCCGACGGUAGUUUGGGGUACGGCGAGGGAAGGAAAGAAGGAGGGUCGGCCGGAGCUUCUCGUGUCACCCCCCUGCGCUCCGAGCAGUGGCUGCGCCCAGCCCCGUGACAGGGCGGCUGCGGGCCGCGGUCAUUGCCGCUGCCGCGGGGGGGAGGAGGGCAUCGAGAGCCUCGUUGGCGGUCCGCCCGCGUCCGGCCGGCAGCUGCGUCCUCGCCCCGAUCCGUCUCUAUCCUCGUCCCGCUCCUCGCCGCUCUUUGGCGGCGGUUGAGCAGCGGGGAGCUGCCCGCCCUCCUCCUCAGCCCCCCCCGCGGCCCGGUGGGAUGGUACGGGCCGGCGGUCAGCGUGUGUCAGCUGCCCGCAGCCACGGGACGGGCCGGGGCGGGGAGCCCGGAGCCGCGGUGAGCGGGAAGGGGAGCGGAGCUGGGGGAGACCCUGACGGAUGUGCUGAGCUCUCGCUAUGAAUGCUAUUGUUGCCCUCUGCCAUUUCUGUGAGCUCCACGGUCCCCGCACCCUCUUUUGCACUGAGGUUCUACAUUCACCGCUCCCUCAAGGUGCAGGCAGCGGGGACAUCUCUGGGCAGAAUGAGCAAGCGGAAGAGGAGGAAGGAGGCAUCCAGAUGAGCAGCAGGAUCCGCUCACACAGCCCAGCUGAAGGUGCCAGUGCUGACUCCAGCAGUCCAGGGCCAAAGAAGUCAGACAUGUGUGAGGGUUGCCGCUCUCUUGCAGGAGGACAUCCUGGAUUUGUCAGCCAUGACAAGGAGACUUCGAUCAAGUAUGUCAGUCACCAACACCCCAACCAUCCCCAGCUGUUCAGCAUUGUGCGUCAGGCCUGCGUUCGCAGUCUGAGUUGUGAGGUCUGCCCAGGACGUGAAGGGCCUAUAUUUUUUGGAGAUGAACAGCAUGGUUUUGUGUUCAGCCACACCUUCUUUAUCAAAGACAGCCUGGCCCGAGGUUUCCAGCGCUGGUACAGCAUCAUCACUAUCAUGAUGGACCGGAUUUACCUCAUCAACUCAUGGCCUUUCUUGUUGGGAAAAAUCAGAGGCAUCAUCGAUGAGCUUCAGGGCAAAGCACUUAAGGUGUUUGAAGCAGAGCAGUUUGGGUGCCCUCAGCGUGCCCAGCGGAUGAACACAGCAUUCACCCCCUUCCUGCACCAGCGCAAUGGCAACGCAGCCCGCUCCUUAACAUCACUGACCAACGAUGAGAACCUGUGGGCAUGUUUACACACUUCCUUUGCUUGGCUUCUGAAAGCUUGUGGCAGCCGACUUACAGAAAAACUUCUGGAGGGAGCUCCAACUGAAGACACCCUUGUUCAGAUGGAAAAACUUGCAGACCUCCAAGAAGAGUCAGAAGGCUGGGAUGGCUCUGAGGAAGAAGAGAAGCCUUCUUCCCAGCCAGAUGUUGCAGAAGGGCAGGAGCUUUCUAAAUGCUCUCCUGAAACAUCCCUGAUGCCAGAUUGCAACAGAUGGAAUGUAGCUCACAGAAGGUUGUCUGUCUUCCGCUCUCUCAGGCAUAUGAGACAGGUUCUUGGGGCAUCAGCAUUCCGCAUGCUGGCUUGGCAUGUUCUGAUGGGGAACCAGGUCAUCUGGAAAGCUCGAGACAUGGAUCUUGUCCAGUCUGCUUUUGAUGUGCUACGGACCAUGCUGCCUGUUGGUUGUGUGCGGAUCAUCCCCUACAGUGACCAGUAUGAAGAGGCAUAUCGGUGUAACUUCUUAGGGCUUAGCCCACAUGUCCAAAUCCCAUCCCACAUAUUGUCAUCUGAGUUUGCAGUCCUCGUGGAAGUUCGCGCUGCUACCCGGUCCACUCUCUACCCAACUCUGCUCGAAGAUGAGCAGUCCCUCAACAAGUAUGAGUUUGUUGUCACCAGUGGCAGUCCUGUUGCAGCAGAUCGAGUUGGUCCUACAAUCUUGAACAAGAUCGAAGCUGCUCUGACCAACCAGAACCUUUCUGUAGAUGUUGUGGAUCAGUGCCUUGUUUGCCUGAAAGAGGAGUGGAUGAAUAAAGUGAAGGUCCUCUUUAAAUUCACCAAAGUGGACAGCAGACCCAAGGAAGAUACCCAAAAACUGUUGAGCAUUCUGGGAGCUGCAGAGGAAGACAAUGUCAAGCUUCUGAAGUUCUGGAUGACUGGCUUGAGCAAGACAUACAAGUCCCACCUGAUGUCAACAGUUCGCAGCCCGACAUCGUCGGAGUCUCGGAACUAAAGGGUGCCCAACCUCACUUGCUGCCUUCAGAUAAUUGCAGGGAACCCCAAGUUACCACUGCUGAGCCUGCAGCAUGUGCAUUAGGAGGAUAGUGAAACCUCAUCACUAUUCUAAUGGUCCUCAAACUAACUUGAAGAGUCACUUGAGUCUUUUCUAAUUGCUGUGAGACUGGACUAAUAAGUGCUAAUAAACACUGCUGCUGUCUGUCCUGAAACUCUACAUCUAGACCUGCACGCUCAAGACUAAAAUACAGCAACACUCAAAGAAUCAGCGUGAAGUAAUUAAAAUCCCGUGCUGUCAUCCUAAAGCAUUAUGGUGCUUAAUCAGUUUUAGAUUUCAUUGGCAAGACUCAGAGACCUGUGACAGCAUCCAGAACUCCUGGAAUGGAUGUAGCUAACCUCUGUGAAUCUCACAUACAGCUCCUAAAUGUCUGAGAGACCAAGAACCAAAAAAUAAGUGAUGUCACAGGGUAUGGAUCACGUGUAAAUUAUUUAAAACCACUCAGAUUUAUGAAGAGACUAUUUUCUGCUGUAGCAAAAGUCAGGAGUAUCCUGUUGGAGUCACGUCACUCCGCUUCUAUUUAUUUAUGUCUUGACUUGAGACAGUUUCAGCAUUUGCUUUGGAAAUCCUGUCUGGGAGGGAGAAUUGUAAUACAACAAACUCAAAAUGCAGUCUGCUCGGCCCUCCAGAGGGUACAAUACCUUGUUUUGCCUGUGUUGCAAAACUUCCAAAUAAUGAAGAUUACCUCUCCAGGGUAAGGUCUCUGGUGUGUUCUUUUGUCUUCAGAAAUAGUUUUCUAGCUACCUAAUUAAGUUAAGCAGAUCCAACCUGUAGGUGCUCCCUUCUUAUAUAACUCUAUAGUAGCCAUUUUGAAUGCUUAAUAGUUCAAGACAAUGUUGGUGCAGUUUUUAUAUGACCUAAACAGACAUUCCUUAACUGCAUUGUAAGGAAUCACUGUUUCUGUUGUGAAGUCAUGGCAUUUUUGUCCUGGAUCAUUCUUGGGAAAACUUGACAUUACCACAGAUGUUUGUAUUGAUCUGGAGGCAGGUUUGACCCAGGUGACCUACUGCUCUCAUUCAGACAAGAAUGGAGCUCAGAGCUGGUGUUCCAACUCAGAACCAGUUCUGUUCUGUAUAAAAUACGCAGGUUGCUUUUGUCUGGAACAUCUGUAAAAUGGAGACAGACAUUAAAUCUCAUUAAGAGCUAUUUUUGUAAAAUGGA